AAACAUUACGCAGCUCUCGACAAACAAGAGAGAGCGAGAGGUGGAGAGCACAAACGCUGCUGUCGCAGUAGCCGAUGACUUGUCGGCGAGAGGCUCGCAGGUGACAAGAAUGUCACUCGCCCGACUGUGACAAGGGCAGGACCUUACGUGCCGUAGUCGCUUUGAGUCGUAAUCCACGUCACCAGUCAACCCGAACUCGUGUACUCUGAGGACGAGGUACACUUGCCGCAUGCAAAUUAGGAUAAAAAACAUUCUAUUUAAACUCGCUCGGUCAAUUUUGAUGCUGUUUAUCAUUGUAUACAGCCUUGCAGCAGGUUUGGGAGCUCUAGUUUGUCCUGUGUCCACAGUUUUAGUGUACUUUAAAGGCGUUGUAUUAUACCUCCAUGCAAAUUGAGAAAAAGGAUAUUUUUUACUAGUUUUAAAGACGCAAGAAAGGGCUUUUUUACUGUGAGUUACAUGGUAUUUUGACAUCGGGGAAAGCAUUUUUGAUUUCAGAGUUCACAUUUUUGUCAUCCGUUGGCAAACAAGAGGGAAGUAUUUGUACAAAUAACUGUAAUAACAGUGUCAAGAACUUUGCGGAUUAAAAAUUCGGUAGCUGGAAUAACAUUUGUUUUGGGAGCUCAUAUUUUUACCAGCUGGGCUAGAUCGUGUAGCAGGCUUUACUAACAUUCUGAAGCCAAGGAGGCAACAAAAUCAGGGAUUUUCGACAUUCUUGGACGUCGAAUAACUGUUGGGAUUUUUGCGUGGCCUGGGAAACAUUGUUUGAAGCAAGAUGAUCAAAGUGAAAGACUUGAAGCAAGUGAGGGAUAGGACAGUGCAAAUAGAAUUCACUGUGGACAAAUGUAAAUCCGGCACCAGUCAGUCGUUCAUACCGAGGACCCACUGUUCCACAAGAAGGUCAAGAAUGCCGAGUCAACGCGGCGUCGACGGGUGUCUUCAGUGGAUUAAGGAUGAGCGGGAGGUCCUGAGCGAUGCUGAUAUGGGCAGUAACAUGACCACUGUCCAACUGGCCAUAGAGGACCAAGCCAAGAGAAAUACGGCCAUCAGACAAUAUAGGGAGCAGAUUGGGAAUGCUGUGGCGGAGAAUGAUGCCUCUGAAUCUGAAUAUGCAAAGCUUCAUGCACAGUACGUUGCACUGACGGCUACCGCAGACAAAAGAACCCACUGUCUAGAAACACUGUCAAAAGUUUCAAGUUUAGAAGAGUAUUGUUCGAAUCUCAGUGCAGAAUUUGACAGGACUGCCACUCAGCUAGCAAACACAGACAAACCUAAGCAUCUCAAUGGGGCACCUGUGGGGGAUUCCCUGUCCACGACAUAUGCGGCUCAGGAUUGCAUAUUCGCGGUGCGGAACAACUGGGCGUGGAUCCAGACUGUGGCUAAAUGCAUGGACACCCACCUGGCAAACGCCGCCGCCUACCACCAGUUUUACCAUGAAGUAGAGGAGUGCGAUUACUGGAUGAACCUUUGCCUGGCCACGCUUUAUAAAAAGUUUGCAGACAGAGAUAUGGAGGGAGACAGGCAAAGUGCAAUGCGCAUGCUCAAGGAAUUGGGAGAGACGCUCCAAGCCUAUUUACAGUGGCAGGCCCGCGUGGAUAAUUUAUACGACAAAAGUAAAGACAUUGUCCCUGUUAAAAUGAGGACGCAAGCUUUAAAAGAUCCUAAACCAGUUAGAGCGCUCUGUGCAUACAAGGCAAAUGGCGUCCAGAUACAGGACGGAGAAGAUCUGACACUUUUAGACAACACAGAUCCAACAAAGUGGAAGGUAAAAACUAAGAAGGGUCCAGAGCUGUUUAUACCUGCAGUGUGUGUUCUGAUACCACCAAUGGACGUAGACGCAGUAGAGGCAGCAACAAGAUUACGGUUACAGUUGCUGGCCAUUUGGACACAGUGUGUGAAGAGACUGGGAAAACAGAUGAUCACUCUCAUGCAACUAGUUUUUAGAGAUUGGAGUACUGAGGAGCCUUUUAGUACAGAAGAGCGGCAACAGAUCGCUCUACUUAGGUCGUUACCUAAUGGCAAGAAAGACAUGCUUCUGAAAAUAAUGGCACUUAUAGAAGAUACUUUGGGGAAGCACUGGAAAGAUUACCCACAAUUCGAGGAGCUUCUGGAACGAUUUGGAAGGCUGAGGAUUAUUCUACGCCAGGAACCGGUGGUGGACAUUGAAGACGAAGCAGUGGUUACCACUAUAGUUGUACAGAUCGGGACGUUGGAGGAUCUUAUGAGAAAAUACGAGGACUUCUGGAUCUACUGGCAGACGUACAAAGUGAUACUGGAGACUCUUCGCCAGCCUCAUUUCAUGUUGAUUGUAGACAAGUGGGAACAGCUUAGAUUUAUCUCUACGGCACAUUUCGUCAAAUUCUGGCAGACUGAAAUUACCGUUGACGACAUCGAGAAGAGCGAGGAAAUAUCCGUGAUCCACGAGACCCCCAAGCAGUCCCUCAAACCCGUGGACGUCCUGGACGCCGAUCUCAGCCUUAGCACCGAAGAGAGAAAAGCCGAGACUCAACAGUAUGUAGAAUCGGAGCAGGAGGAGCAGCGGAAGUUCAUCAUCAAGGGGGUCACGGACCCAGUUUCCGGUAACGUGAUCAGUAUGCAGCAGGCGAUUGGCAUGGGCGUCAUCAACCAGGAGACCGGAUGUUACGUCAAUAAAGUUACAGGCGAUUCCAUGCCCAUCCCUCAAGCCAUGAACGAAGGGUUGAUUCAGGUGGAGUUUGCUACAGCGAAGAGGAGUAAAGAGAAGAAGAAAUCCAUAGGAGUUAUCACCAUAAAAACCGAGAGACAAAACAAACCUUACUCCAUCGUCGGUGCGGUCAAUCCUAAAACGGGAGCCGAAAUUAGCGUUGCUGUCGCCUUGGAACAGGGGUUACUCAACGAGUCACGGGGAGUGUACGUCCACCCGGUGACCAGGCAAGAAAUGACCUUAUCAGACGCUAUAGACGCUGGGCUACUCUUGGUGAAGUUUGACGAAAACGUCGAAGCUGAUGUGACCACAAAAACCUAUGCUAUCCACGCUGUCGUGGACCAGCGGCGGAAGGCACGUGUCUCAUUCCAAGAGGCAGUUGACCAUGGUCUCCUGGACCGGGACACGGGGUCCUAUGUUAACAAUGUCACUGGGGAGAAGAUCUACGUGGCUGACGCCAUAAUGAGGGGGUUCGUUAAAGCCCAUGAGGUGGACGACCCCAGUAAACUGGACAUAGACGCUGAGAAUAAGAUCGUCGUGGAAAAAAUGGAAAAUAUGAAGAAGAAGUUGUUAAAGCCAAUGAAGGCUCUCAACGCGUUCAGAUCUGCGGUUAAGGCUAGUAAGGUCCCCAAUGGAAGUGUAAGCGCCAAAAAGUAA